GCUCUUGCUUUAGGUCACGUGGUUAGGCUGACGUCACCUGUGCGCCGGGACGGGCAGGGAAGUGAGCGCUGGCAGCACGUUGCCGCUGUGUAGAAGGCAGAGGGAGAGUGACAGGCAGCGCUAUGUCCGAGACCCAAGUGCAACCAUGCUCCACCGCCACAGAGCCCGGGCACACCGUCACCCUGCCCCAGAAACGCUACUACCGCCAGAGGGCGCACUCCAACCCCAUGGCUGAUCACACCUUCCAGUACCCUGUCAGACCAGAAGAAAUGGACUGGGCGCAGUAUUAUCCGGAGUAUUUUAAGCCUUUAUCGCUGGAUAGUUCUCAUGACGACAUGAAGGACAUGACUGAGUCGAAGGAGCCAGAACAUAAAGUUGAGUUUGCGGACAUUGGCUGUGGAUAUGGCGGUUUGCUUGUUGAGUUGUCCCCUAUGUUUCCAAAUACGUUGAUGCUUGGACUAGAGAUACGUGUCAAAGUAUCAGACUAUGUGCAAGACAGGAUCAAGUCCUUAAGAGCAUGCCACCAUGGCCAGUACCAGAAUGUUGCCUGCAUCAGGAGUAAUGCCAUGAAAUACCUCCCCAAUUUCUUCAAGAAAGCACAGCUGAGUAAGAUGUUCUUCCUGUUUCCGGACCCUCAUUUUAAGAAGACAAAACAUAAAUGGAGGAUUAUCAGUUCCACACUGUUGGCAGAAUAUGCUUAUGUGUUACGUGUUGGGGGGCUGGUGUAUACAAUCACAGAUGUGGAAGACGUUCACGAAUGGAUGGUGACCCACUUCACAGAACAUCCUCUAUUUGAGAGGGUUUCAAAAGAACAACUAGCAGAUGACAACAUCAUUGAUAAACUGGGCACAUCUACUGAAGAAGGAAAGAAAGUUCAGCGAAACAAGGGACAAAAUUUCCUGGCUGUAUUUCGCCGUGUGGAAAACAGCACUUUCAGAAGUCAAGCUUCCUAGCUGUCAUAUAAGAAUAGUUCAUUCUUCCUCGGUGGACUAAGACUAAUCUAAAGCCUGGGCUGCUGAUGUGUUAUCUGAAGAAUUUGGUUUCAGCUUGGAGAGUGAUGCAUGUGUCCUUUGUAACUCUGUAUAUUUAUAUGGGGUACCAGGAUCCAUGCCCAUUUCUGAUUUUCAACAUUGCAGUUUGGACAUGAUUGACAUGCAUUGAUGACUUUGCAGUGACUUAAAGAUUUGUAGUUUGAGGUUAUCUGCAAAAAAGGGUGUUUUUUUUUUAACAUAUAUAGUUUUUUUUUCUAUUCUCAUCUCCAGAUAUUGAAGAGGCAAUUAAAGUGUGUAUCACACAAUGAACUUGUAUUUCUGACUGUUUUAAUGGGAUGUAACUUGAUUAUUUUAUUACCUAUAAACAUUAUUGCUUAUAGAUGGACACGUAUUAUUAUAGUUAAAACAAUUACCUUUUACCACCUUAUGAAGUUACUUUGUACAUCGGGUAUAAGUUUUGUUAAAUGGGCACUGUCAUAAAAAUUUUUUUUGCU